AUGUCUUGCCCGUUGCUAUUUGCCAAGACUGCGGAGGGUCUUUAUUUUAAACCGAGCUCGUCUGCUGCAGCAUCAGAGCAGCAGGAUCCUGCUAUUUUUGCUGCUGCACAGAAGCAGUCUGUGCUAUCUGUCCCGUUGGAAGAGUUCCCCGUGCACGGUGAAAUCACAAAGGUGGCCGCGCUUCUUGGCUUUAUUGCCUUUAAGCUCAACAAGUACGCCGUAAUUGCCAACACUGUGCAGGAGACUGGCCGCCUGAAUGAGCACAUCAUUUACAAAGUCGUCCAGCAUUCGGUCGUACCCAUUAACCCGAGGAGUACUUUGAUUGACUCUGACGACGCUGAGUAUUUGAAACUGCUAGAGUCUCAAUUGAGUACAGCUACGUUGUUUUUCUCGUACACUUACGAUCUGACAAACUCUCUACAGAGGAACGAGAAAAUCGGGAACCCCCACUGGGAAACUGCCGAUACACGAUUCUUCUGGAACCACUACAUUACAGAGGAGCUGAGAUCGCUGACAACCAAGGACCAACGUGUCGGAAGGUUCAUCCAGCCGUUCAUUUAUGGGUAUGCCAAAUCGGUCGACACUAUUUUGAACUCGGCUCCUGUCACCAUCGGACUGAUCACCAGGCGUAGCAGGUUCAGAGCAGGGACCAGAUACUUCCGCCGUGGUGUUGAUGAGGAUGGUAACGUCGGGAACUUUAAUGAGACGGAGCAAAUUUCAAUCGUGCAAAACAACGAUAACACCAGCGAAGUCUUCUCCUUUUUGCAGACAAGAGGAUCUGUGCCCGUGUAUUGGGCUGAGAUCAACAACUUGAAGUACAAACCAAACUUGGUUCUUGGGGAAAACUCGGUAGAGUCGGCCAAGAAACACUUUGACAACCAAGUCCAACUGUAUGGUGAUAACUAUCUGGUCAAUUUGGUGAAUCAAAAGGGUCAUGAAUUGCCCGUGAAGAGAGCUUACGAACAAACCGUGGAUGCAUUGGACAAUCCAAAACUGCACUACAUAUAUUUCGAUUUCCAUCAUGAAUGUCGUAACAUGCAAUGGCACCGUGUUAAGUUGUUGAUCGACCAGUUGGUUCAAAUGGGUCUUUCAAACGCUGAUUUCUUCCAUAAGGUGGUGUCUCGCGAUGGAUUCACCACUUUGAAAGUUGUUAGUGAGCAGAAAUCCACUGUGAGAACCAACUGUAUGGACUGUCUAGACAGAACCAACGUUGUUCAGUCGGUCUUGGCCCAUUGGCUGCUGCAGAAGGAGUUCGAAACUGCUAAAAUUGUUUCCGAGGGUCAACUGUGGGAGAUUAACAGGUCCCUACUAUCUCUUUUCCAAAACUUAUGGGCCGAUAAUGCAGACGCCGUUAGUAUCUCAUAUUCAGGCACUGGAGCCCUGAAGACAGACUUUACCAGAACUGGUAAGAGGACUAAGUUAGGGGCAUUCAACGAUUUUGUGAACUCUGCAUCUCGUUAUUACCAGAAUAACUUGACCGAUGGUCCAAGACAGGACUCGUAUGACUUGUUUUUGGGUAAUUUCAAACCAUACGAUGCGUCGUUCGCGUCACCAUUCCAGGAUAGGAGGCCACUUAUUAUCCAAUUGAUCCCAACAAUUUUGUAUGCUUCCUUGACCGUAUUGGGGGCGACGAUAUUCUUUCCCAAGAACCAUUUUACCAGCAGUAAGAAUUUGCUGUUCUUUUUGACCGCUUCUAUUAUGGUAUUAUUAUCUGGUAACUUUGUCAUUAAGAAUGGUAUGCAGUAUGUUAACUGGCCUAAGUUAGUUAAUGUUGGAUUCCUCGCUACAAACAGAGGGUUUGAUGUGAAGGGUAAAGGCAGCAAUAAUUUGAAAUACGUGAUUAGCUCAAACUUUACCAAGCCUUCCUCUUCCAAAAAGGAGUGA